UGGUAAAUGCUGGUGUCGCUGUAAUGGCACUGUAGCUGGGAGUGUUUGGGCUUUAACAGGUACACGAAAAGAAAAGUCGAGAGUGGUUUGUAACUUGGAUUUCAGUAAAAGUCUCCUUUAGCGGCACGAUAAAUAUGUACAACGCACUGUCUGACCAGGACUUUUAAAAGCAUUAUUUGGUCGAUCAUUCCCAUUUGAAACAUAUUGCACAUACCAGACAAGGAACCACAAUCAUUCCUUCCACAUGGCAUAUCGACGUGGUCAAAAAUCAAUUCGGGAGAUAUAUGACGAACGCUUCUCAGCCAUGGAUUCAAGAGAGGUGACUGUCCAUCGAGUGGUUAAUAUUGUUGAUAAGAGGAGCCCUAUGCCCCGGCCGCAUGUGGAAUUUGACGGCGGUUUUGAUGAUGACCAGUGGUAUGGUGGGCCUCGACGUUACUACGAUGAAAGAGAAUGCCACGAAGAAGACAGUUUUCCAUCCAAUGACCGUCGCUACUUUGAUGACAGCUUGCACGACAAUUUUCGCAGAAAUGCCCCGCAAAAUGAGGGCCCGUACUCGCAACAGUCUUAUGGCAGAGAUGAUUUGAGGCAUCAGUUAGGCUCAAGGCACAGUGGCAGAAGUGGUCCUUAUUUCCGCAGCAGAGGCCAAGUGUCAGGCCCUCCUCUAAGGAAUUCUCCGCCUGUAGUAGCCAAACGUGAGCGCUCUCCUGGAAGGAGGGGAGCCCAUCCACCUGUACCUGUCCGCUCUGGAUCAAACACCAGCAGCCGGAGCUUCUCCCCGGACAGAGAGAAAGGCUUCACCUACCAGCAGGCCCAGCAAAGGCAUAAGACCAGUGUGCCGACGAGCCACACUCCCAGCAGCUCUGUGGAGGAGGAGGCUCCUCACAGCUCUGGAUCUUCAAAGGAAAAAACUCCUGCAUCUGCAGCGGAGACGGAGGAGGUGGUUGCUGCCAGCAUGGAGCCAAAGCCGACACCAGAGGAAGACUUCAAGGCUCGCCGGUCGGAGGCCAUUAAAGCGAAGGCUCUGGAAAUUGAGACGCAUUACAGGAAGGACUGUGAGACGUUCCGCACCGUGGUGAAGAUGUUGGUGGCCAAGGAGCCCAGUUUGGAUAACCUGCUGCAGGCUCCACUGGAUGAGAACCUGUUGGAGAUCAAACAGCGCUGUUUAGAUGCCCUACGGCACUUUGUGAAGGAGCUGGACGAGGUCUUAAAGCAGCCGGACACCUCAGCGUAAGCCACAAGUCACAACACUGAAAUGUGUUUUUUUCACUUGUCCGAUAUUCACAUGUAUUAUUAAGAAAAGACAGAAUAUCUGGCAGUGGCACUUUUCCACACGCUGAAAGAUAAAUUGGAUUUUAGACUCAAUGCUCGAUCGGAUAGUUGUUCAAAUGGCUGUGUGGUGACAUGCAGUAUUAUGAGUACAAACAAAGCUUCUUGUGUGUAAGAUUCAGCUGCAUUUUUAUCAUAAAUGAUGUUGUGGAAAACCUAUGAAAUACUAUUACGUUUAGUGGAUUACAGAUGAAAUUUUAAAUAGAUCUAAAUGAAAUAUUUACAUGAAACGUUCCUAUCACAACCUUCUACUCGGUCUUAAGUGAUAUGAAGGGUAUUGUGCUUCCAGUCACUGUAUUUAGAUGAGGCAGCGCCGUGCAACUAACUGUAACAAGCACUCCCAUACCAGUAUUGAAGGUGCCAACUCCAUGUGGGUUUUUUUUUUCAGUGCAGUGCUAUUUUAUAUAUUAAAAGAGUUUUUAUACUGUAUGUAUGUAGAUCUUGAAUGUUUUGUCUUAUGAAUUGUCAAACAUCUUGUGAAUAUCAUCCUUUUCUAAUAAAAGCUGAAGCCUUGAAAUUGUUUCUUGUAUCCAUGAAGUACUUCUGUGCAGGAAAGACGCAAAUUACAAAUCAUGAUAUAUAGAUAGUUUUAUUACAAUUAUCAUCUAUCUCAGCCUUAUAUUCCAGUUUGUACAUUUAUACAGAUUACAAUGAUUUGUUAAUACAGUGACCCAUAAAUACACCACUCAACAAGGCCUGUUAAUACACACUGUUUCUCUCAUGCUAGCGCUGAACAAGCCUGGAAGAAAACACAUUUGAAGAGCUUGGGUCAGAGUCAACUUGUCACUUUCUGACAGCCUCAUGGAAAAAUGGCUCUCUGUACCAACUGCCAAUAGUUAAAUGUUAAUGGCUUUAUGCUACAAAGCACGUCGUUAACUCAAGGGUAUAAAAAAUAGCCGUUUUUUGGGUUGUUUUUAUUCUACAAUAUAUACAUUAAUAUCUUCACUGUUAAAUAAAGACAAGUUUAGAUGGUGGUUUAUAAAUAUGCAUUACUCUAGAAUACUUUACUGGCAAAUGUUUGCAAUGAUAUGCAUACACCUAUGAAGGACUGGUGUCUUUUACAGACACCUUGGUAAAUUGAGUGCUGUGAAACCU